AAUUUACGACAGCGUGUUUGUGAGGAACUUAACCUACUCGUUUGACAAUACAAACUCAAGUAGUAAAAAUGAACAUACGAUGUGCACGACCGGAAGAUUUGAUGAACAUGCAGCAUUGUAAUCUGUUAUGUUUACCUGAAAAUUAUCAGAUGAAAUAUUAUUUUUACCAUGGAUUAUCUUGGCCACAGCUAUCCUAUGUAGCAGAAGAUGAAGAUGGUAAAAUUGUUGGUUAUGUACUAGCUAAAAUGGAAGAAGAUCCUGAAGACCAGGUUCCACAUGGUCACAUCACAUCACUGGCAGUAAAAAGAUCACACAGACGAUUAGGUUUAGCACAGAAACUAAUGGACCAAGCAUCUAGAGCAAUGGUUGAAUGUUUUGAUGCGCAAUAUGUCUCUUUGCAUGUUAGGAAGAGUAACAGAGCUGCUUUACAUUUAUACACCAACACACUCAAAUUUUCAAUAAGUGAGAUAGAACCUAAAUAUUAUGCUGAUGGGGAGGAUGCCUAUGCCAUGAGAAGAGUUUUAAAAGACUUUAAAGAUAAGUCAACGAAAGAUACAUCAUCUGUAAAAGCAAUAAAAGAUACACCUGGUAAAAAAGAUAAAUCAAAGAAAGAUGGAGACACAUCAAAAGAGAAGACAGAAACCACAAAUAAAGAGACUAGAGAAUCAUAAAUGAGACAGUUUUAGUCAUUUUUACAAACAUUACUGGAACAGAUAAUUAAUCUGUGGAUUUUCAUCUUUUUUUGUGUUUUCUUGUUUUAAUAUUCUUGAAAAGAAUUCUUCU